AUGACAAGAAUUUGGCUGAUUGCAGUUAUAGUCCUGGUAUUCCCAGCAGAGAGGGUAUCUGGUCUUCAUCAUGUCUUAUUACCGCUGCACGAGUCUCUAGUUACAACUCUGAGCAGUAGCGGUCCACUAGAAGCAUGGAGUCACUUGGAUUCCUUGUUAGUGCCCAUCAGCAGCACCAGCAGCACUACUCUGAGUUCUUCGGUUGUAGCGUCAACCCCUCCAGGCAAUAAUGGUAUCUUUGGCAUGUACAUGUCCACACUGGCAGCUCAUCCACUGCCCACCAAAAUGAUGACGGGAGCUUGCUUGGCUUGGACGGGAGAUUGGAUUGCGCAAUCCACCACUGCUAUUACUAAUAACGAUGAUGAUGACGAUGACUACCAGCAUGACAAACGACGUGCCAUUUCCUUUGCGCUCUUUGACGCCGCCUACCGCGCCAGUCAGCAUGUGCUCUAUCCACUGGUCGUGCAAGUCUGUCAGGGACAAUUUCUAGCUGGCAUGUUGCCCAUGACGAACGCCGCGGCGGUGGAACAAACAUUGGUCAGUCAAUUGAUCAUUGUCCCACUUCUGUACUAUCCCGUCUUUUUUGGUGUCACCAGUUUUGUGCAAGGCUUGACGUGGGAGGACUUGCAGAUUCCCUUUUUGAGCGUGUGUGGGCUCUUUUGGACCAUGAUUCUCAGUGUCAUGGCAGGAUCCGCCAAGGAUUAUCCAACUACUGCUACUAGUACUACUGAGGAUCAGUCACCACAGCAGCAAGACGAACCACUACAACAAUCACUAUCCGCAACUAGUACUACUACGACUCCUGCCGCCGAACCGUAUUGUGUGACGGGAAUGGAAGAAGAAUGCUUGAUUCCAGAGGAUGGACUCUUUCCCGUUACCACACUCGAUGACAUUGCGCACGAGUUGGAAGAUAUUGGACAAGAUUUGACGCAAGAAUGGACCGAAAUGACACAUGGAAUCAGUGAUGAACUCCGGUCGGCCAUUGACCAGCUCACACACCCAAACAAUGAUAACGAUGAUGACGACAAUGAUCAUGAUGACAAAGGUAGUGGUGAAGAAUCAUCAAGAGACAUCAUUGCUACUUUGGAGGAGGACGAAGUGUCAUUGAGAAAGUAA